UUGAUUGACUGCACUUUGUGUAUAGACGCUCCUUUUUUGGCUUGGUUUUCAAUUCAUUGAGAACAUGGAGGUAGAAAUACUUUAUUGGUAGAGAGGAAACAUACACCCCUUCUGUUCUUGUCUCCAUCCUCUUAUCUUCUUGGUUGUGUCACCUAUUAACCAUGGCUUCAACCUCCUCCUCUGUGGCCACCACCAAUAAGCGUAAACGCUCCCCUAGUCCUUGUCCUUCCGAAGAGUCGUCCCCAUCGUCCCCAGAGGCCGGGGGAAGUGGGGGAAGCUGCAGUAACUCUCAUGAUCUCAAUGCAGAGGUUGUGGUUAAAGGUAACACAAGAGGUAUUCUAGGGCCAACCAGGAAGAAGAGGAAACGUGUGUCAUUUGAUGGCGUGACAGUCUACUAUUUUCGGCGUUCUCAGGGUUUCACAUCUGUACCUAGCCAAGGAGGUUCCACGUUAGGAAUGCUGCCUAGACAUGAACUGAAGAAGAAAUUCAGCCUGUGUGAUUACUCCACUGAGCAGGAGCGCAUCCACCGCAUCAUCCUCAAGAGGCAGUUGAUUGAGAAACGUCAGCAACAGCUCCUCGAGAGAGGAGCACAAGAGUUGACCUCGGAGGACGUCUCCGAGGAGGAGAUCGAAGACGAAUUGAACAGCAUCAACAUCUCCGAUUACUACUUCCUGCAGCCCAUCCCCACGAAGCAGCGGCGUGCUCUGCUGCGUGUCGCGGGAGUCAAGAAGGUCGACAACCUGGAGAAGAUCGACUUGAAGAAGAUACGCAUUUCUCGAGAGAGCUGUGGGUGUGACUGCAGGGCAUAUUGUAACCCAGCAACGUGUGCUUGUGCAGCAGCUGGCAUCAAGUGUCAAGUAGACAGGUUAUCUUUCCCCUGUGGCUGUACCAAGGAAGGAUGCAGUAAUCCUGUAGGCAGAGUAGAGUUCAAUCCUGUCCGCGUCCGAACACAUUUCAUCCACACUAUUAUGAAACUAGACGGUGAGAGGAGUAUGAACGGAGAGGGUCCAAGCGGUAGUGACAGUCUCGAGGAGGACGAGGCACAUUUAUUAAAUCGGACUUCUGUGGACUACACCACGUCAGCAUCUUGUACCAAGCCUUGCUGUGAUAACUCCUCGUCGUUAGGAGAUAACAUGGUGGUAGGGUACAACAAUUCAUUAAGUCAGGUCAACAACGGACAAAUGGGUUGCACCUCCUCCGAAGUCAGUCACGUGUAUCCUGUUCAUAAUCCGGAGUAUGAGGUAUCGGGCGGUCCCAACGUGGAGGCCAAUAUUCCAAUUGAGGUCAAGCAACAUCUGAACGUGCAAGACCUCAUUCCACGUAUGUUGCAGUACAACGACGGGGACGAUACCUUAGUGCAUCAUCAUCAUAAUCAUCAUGUUGGUAUGGAAUGUAGCAGCGACGGUGUCCCUACUCUUCAUACUUAUUCGGCAUCGGAUGACAGCAUUCUGACAUCCACCUCGGAAUCUAGCUCCAACGACAGCUACCAAUAUAAUCAAUGUGAUGAGUUUACACUCAAAGAAUCGGCAACGUUUGCAGAAAUGAAUAAGACCGUGUCUAGCUCUGUAGACUCCAGUUUCGCCGAGGGUCCUUGCGCUAAAUUAACGACCUUGGACGAGAGCUCCGAGUUACCUCUGGGGUUGUCCAUGGGAAGUAGCAACACAUUCACAGAUCUGAAUUCUCAUAUUCCCACUUUUGCAGGUAGCUUUGGAAGUAGCGUGACUCCACACUCUUCCAGCUGUGUAACAAGUAGCCCCAGUAGUUAUGGAAAUGAGAUCGGUAUUGUUCCACAAGGCAGCCAUUCAGACCUUUGUGGUUACGGCAAAGAUGCAAUAUCCUCUAGCACGCCUGAUUCAGUGCCAUGCACAACCACUAGUAGUUAUACAAUAUUGAGUGCGUUGAAUGCAAUUGACCCCCUUGACGAGAUGCACGAACACGAGACUGAGCUAGCCACCAGUAAGAUCAGCUCCGUGUCUGUGUCCGUGGGGGACAGUUUCAAUCACGCCACAAAUCACUCCGAUUUUCACGAGUUGCAGAAUUGCAGCGCCGAGGCCGUGGUGUCGGGCAUGGUCACUGUGAAUUGCCCCAAUGUGAAGCUAACGCCACACGAUAACGGGCACGAUGAGCUCAACUGUUUUGAGUCCGUUAAAAGCAUUGAUGAACAAAACAAAGAUGAAAGCAUUACGUCCCCACAUUUAAUGUAAGUCAUUUUUACGCCACCGUAUUACAUAGAUGGUAACCAGGCAAAUAUUGAAAUACUCUAUUUAUUUUUUGUUUUCAUCAAUCUCGCCGUAUUGCAUUUUGGAAAAAGCAACAAAUGCACAACUCAGCUGGUGCUCUUGCCAACAUCUACCUGAAAUUCAACUUGUUAAGUCCAGGUACCAUGGAAUGUGACAUGCUUUGUUCAUUUUUAUGGUGUGGUAGGCCUACUUGAAAAAGGGAAAAAUAAUAUACCAACGAAAAUUUGCCGUUAGGAUUCUGUUACAGAAACCAACGACAUGCUGGCCCACUCAGAAGUAUUUUUUACCAAAAUGUAUUUAUGCCGGCAUGAAGUUUCUUGUUAAUAAAAGGGGAAAAA